UGGUGUUUGCUGUACCGGUCUGCAGGAACAGUACAGCCGCUCCUCAGAAAGCCGCACGUUAUCAGUCCGCAGACACUCAGCUGAUCAGGCAGCGUCGGUGAGCAGAUCAUCAUCCGCCAUGCCGUCCCUGCUCGGAGUCGUCGCUAAGCAGCUCAGAAGCCACCCAGCCCUGAUCCCCCUCUUCGUUUUCAUUGGUGGCGGGGCAACCAUGAGUAUGCUCUACCUGUCCAGGCUGGCCCUGAAAAACCCUGAUGUCUCAUGGGAUCGCAAGAACAACCCUGAGCCCUGGAACAAUAUGGCACCCAAUCAGCAGUACAAACUUUUCACAGUCAACAUGGACUACUCCAAGCUGAAGAAGGACAGGCCUGAUUUCUAAGUCAGAAUGCCUUUUGCACCUCUCUCCCUUGUCUUCAGGUUGAGGAAUGUGUGUACUUGUGUUCUUGUUGCCAAACGCAAUAAACCAUCAGCACUUUUGAAGACGGUUGAAUCACAUCGCUUUGCUGCAGUCAGUUCAUUUCCAGGUGAAUGAGAAAGGGAUCAUGCAUUUAUCAACGACAGCUGUCUGUAAGAACAAAACAGGCAACCACCUGUUUUAGUAAAUGCCUCAUGUAUAUUUUGACUUCAUUGUGUUGUAAAUGAUUUAAUGAACAUUUCCAUUUAA